AUGUACGAUCGGAUGUAACUUCAGGUAAUAGCUGAUGAAAGACACAAGAAAAGGUAGGAGGAUAUACAAUAUGUAAGCAAAAAAAUUCUCAAAAAGGCUAAAUUAUCAAAAAGCAAAGAAGACAUGAUUCUUAACUUAACUUUAUCAGAAUUGCAAUUGAAAUUGCUCGAGUAAUUAAUAUCAUCCGAUAACCCACUAGAGGAAAAUCUAGAAGUUCUCACAAUAGAAGAUGUUAUAUUGGUUUAUCUCAAGUAAAUAAUUGAGAAUGCUAAGUACAAUAUCUUUGGAGAGCAAAAUUUUAAGCUCACUCUUGAAUAAUCAAAAUGGCUUAAUAAAUGUAUAUAAGAAAUGAUCCAAUUUGCUAGAGAAAUAGAAUAGAAGAGUAAAGGGAUCAUUCAAAAUAUGUAACAGAAUGAAUCUGUAAAAUAAACUUAGAUUUCAUAAAGCAAUUAGAAUCAGAUUUAAUUUGAUAUUCAAGAAGAAGAAGAGAAGUAAGAAGAAGUUAAAAUUGAAGAGGAAGAUGUCGCACCUCAGUCGUUAAUGACAGUUAGAGAGGUGGAUGAUGUAAAAGAAUUAAAGUAAAAAUCACCUUUCUAACAGAUCUUGAAUGAAAAAAGCUUACUAGGAUUAAUUGUGGCUGUUUCUGAUUUUAUUCAGGUAAAAGGAUUCCAAUCUAAUUAUGGGGUUGUAUAAAGCUCUUUUUAUCAGAAUACUGAUGAUAGUCUCCUCAGUGAAUAUUUAUAAAAGCAAGGUGCAUUAAUUUUGUUAAAGUCUAAUAUUUCCCAAGGCUGUAUACCAAUGAUGGAUGCACAUAAUAAACUUUGGAAUUAGUCAGUUAAUCCAUGGGAUUAAAUUAGAAUAUGUGGUUCAUCGACUGAAGCAUCACUUAUUGCUACUAAGCAAGUUAAUUUUGCUAUUAGUGUAGAUUUUCUAGGAGAGUAAAAGGUAAAUUGCAUGUUUAAUGGAGUUAAUUGCUUUUCUCCUUCUCCAUCUAGAUUCCCAAUAGAAUCAAUAAACAAAAAUUAGCAGUAAGUGAGAUCUAAAGUGACUGGAUUCUAAAAUUCAUUUAUUUAAGAGAGAGUUUGUUUUAUAUCUAAGAAGACUGAAGAUAUCAGGCAAGUUUUAGAUGUACUAUUUCAAGAUAAUUACCUUAAUAAAGUAUACGAUUAAUCCCCACACGUACUUAGGAUCCCCUUAAAUAAUGAUAUUUAUUAUGGAGAAAGACCUCUUAAGCUGCUAUAUCUUGACACUUAAUCUUUUAUCGAUACUUGUCCUUCUAUUAAGAGAGCUAUUCUGACAUCAUAUGGACAUCUUGCAAGUCUAGGUUACCAACUUGAAAAAAUUCAAGGAGACUUACCACAUUUUGAUGAAAUAUUCAAGAUAAUUAUGAGACUACAAAUGAAUUUGUCAUUUAAGCAAAACAAGAUAGUCAAGUAAUGCGAAUAAAAUGACUAGUUCAUUUAUUUGAAGGAACUUCUGAAUGGAACUUAUAGAUUUGGAAGAAAAAUGAUCAAGCUAAAAAUAGGCUAAGCACAUAAAUCAUAUUUUGAGUUAAAAAAUUGCUUUAUCGAAUAUAAAUUAGCUUCUGAACUUUAAGCCGAUCUAAGUAAGUUAGAAGAACUGAAAUAAGAGGCUCAGGCUUUUCUUAAAUAGAGAUAUAAUGCAGAUUUAAUCCUUUGUCCUGUUUAUCCAACAGUCGCUCCACAUAUUGACGAUUUUGGUUUUGACUAUAUUAGAGGUUAUGCCUAUUCAACAUAUUGGAAUGCAUUGGACAUGCCUAGUGGAGUAAUUACCUAGACUCUUGUAAAUAAUGACGAAACUGAUUAUAAAGAUCAUUAGCGUAACUUAUUUGAAAUGAGCUAUUAAAAGUCAAUGAAAAAUUCAAGUGGACUGCCAAUUAGCAUUUAAUUAGUCGGCAAUAAGAAUCAAGACGAAGUUGUUUUGAGAGUAAUGAGAGAGUUGCAAGAUAAAUCUAAAUUCAAGUUACCAAAUAAGUUUGAUUGA